CUUCCGCUCCGCGCAUGCGCCUUACGGAAAAAAAACGAGCGGCGCGGUUGCCAUAGCGACGGCCGCCGCCAUGAUCCCGCCGCCGGACUCGCUGCUGCGCUACAACCCGCCGAUGCUCGUCAGCCGCCGCACCGAGAAGCGCUCUCCGGAGGCCCUCCCGCUGAAGGCCAUCCCGCAGCCCUCCCCGCCGCCGGGUCCCGUUCCGCCGUCUCGUCCUCGCACGGCCGCCGCCGCCACGUCAGCGAAGGAACCGCAGGAGAUCCUGAACGCCAUCCUACCGCCGCGGACGUGGGAGGAGGACAACCGGCUGUGGGUGCAGGAGGUUUCCAGCGCUCCCAGCACCCGGCUGGACGUCGUGCAGCUGCAGGAGCAGCUGGACCUGAAGCUGCAACAGCGGCAGGCGAGAGAAACAGGCAUCUGCCCCGUGCGAAGGGAGCUGUACUCACAGUGCUUCGAUGAGCUGAUCCGUGAAACCACAAUUAACUGUGCAGAGCGAGGACUGCUGCUGCUUCGAGUCAGGGAUGAGAUCCAAAUGACAAUUGCUGCUUACCAGACGUUGUACGAGAGCAGCAUUGCCUUUGGCAUGCGGAAGGCACUGCAAGCAGAGCAAGGCAAAUCUGACAUGGAAAAAAGAAUUGAAGAGCUAGAAGAGGAGAAGCGGGAGCUGGAAAGACUGGUGAGCGAAGAGAAAGCAAAAUGUGAAGCUAUUGAGAAACGUGAGAUUGAAAGGCGACAGAUAGAGGAAAAGAAACACACUGAAGAGGUCCAAUUCCUGAAGAGAACCAAUCAACAGCUGAAGGCUCAACUUGAAAGCAUCAUUGCACCAAAUAAGUAAAUUUUUUGUUGGCCUCCAGGCCAGAAGAGCUGUCAGAGCACAAAGUUUGCAAUUAAUGACAGAGAUUUGUCUUCA